AUGGCUGACAUAGUGCAAUACAAGUUGGAGCGCAUGGUCGACGAGCUCGAAGAUCUCGAGCAACGCGGCAUAUUCACCCACCAAGAAAUCGCCGAGAUCGUCAAACAGCGGCGAAAAUUCGAGUACAGGUUAAAGAGACCGUCUCCCCUGAAGGAGGAUUUCGUGGCGUACAUCGAGUAUGAGACACAGCUCGACGCCCUCCGCAGUCUCCGCAAGAAAUCGGUGACGCGUGAGUUGAAGAAACAAGGGAACAAGAAUUUGAGAAAAUCGAAGUCCGAUUUGGCUGGAUUGAUUCGGAUUAUUGAUAUCUAUGAACUCGCUUUGAAGCGUUAUAAGGGUGAUAUUGAUCUCUGGUUUCGUUAUCUUGAGUUUUGUAAGCUCAGGAAAAAUGGCAGAAUGAAGAAGGCACUUGCAAAACUUGUUAGGUUGCACCCGAAGGUUGCAGGGGUUUGGUUAUAUGCUGCAGCUUGGGAGUUUGAUCAAAACUCAAAUGUUGUGGCUGCUCGUGCUUUAAUGCAGGAAGGUCUGAGAUUUUGUCCAACAUCAGAGGACCUUUGGGUGGAGUAUCUUCGGAUGGAGCUUACGUACCUUAACAAGUUAAAGGCUAGGAAGGUUGCUUUGGGUGAGGAUAAGGGAACACUGACUCGUGAUCCUAGAACUGAUGAUGAAAAGCAAUGGAAAGAUGAAAACAAAGAGUUAUUUAUGACCCUUGAUGAAAAAGACGAUAAAAAUGGAGAAAAUCUUGUACCAGAGGAUAACAAUGGAGAAAAUGUUGAACCAGAUGAAUCUCAGAUGAAUCAGGAACUAUUUGCUGACCAUGGUAUGAACAUUUUCCGAACUGUCUAUGGUGGAGCAAUUGAAGCUGUUCCUUCGAGUCUUAAUCUUAGGAAGAGAUUUUUAGAAAUAUUGGAGGGAACAAACUUGUCGCAUUAUGAAGAUAUGUGCAAAGAGGUACUGUAUGACAUGAAGAGGGAUUUUUCAACUGAACCAGAAUUUUGGGACUGGCUUGCGAGGCAAGAAUGCAAUCCUGAAGCUGUGCUUGAGAAUGGACAAGAAAUUAAAAUUCCUCAUGUGGAAAAAGCAAUUCAGGUUUAUGAGGAGGCUUUGAUGAGUGUGCCUUCUGGAACCAUGUUUAGUUUAUAUGCAAGUUUUCUAACAGAUAUUAUAGCUCCUAAAGAUGAAGGAAGUGAUAUAACCGGGUUAUCGAGUCAUGCUGAAAACUUUUUACCACAUCUCCUCUCAGUAUAUGAAAGGGCUGAAAGCAUGGGAAUCAUUAAUGAAUAUCUUGCUUGCAAGUACGUCACCCUAUAUUUGCAAAUGAGAAAAUUAGUUGAGGCCAGAAAACUGGUAAUAAAGCUCUGCAGUGGAAAACUUGCAGAAUCAGUGCAGUUAUGGGAAUUAAGGAUAGCUAUAGAAAUUUCGUGCAUCACACGGAGUUCUUUGUUGCCCUGUGAUACUGAUUUGUUAUACCUUUUUGAACUCCUUAGACAAAUUUUAACCAAAGUCCCUGUUUCAAAAUCAGAGAACUUGUGGCAGAAGGCCUUUAAGUUCUAUGCAAGUAAAAGGCGAUACUUUGAUAAACUGGUGGAGAUUUCUUUUCUUCCUUUGGCCAGAGAUGGUGGUAGUGAAAGCGGAUUUUCCCUUUCCUCUACGAUUGUAGGUUUCAUACUUCAAAAAGAUGGAAUUCACAAGGCCAGAGAUAUCUAUAAAAGAUUUCUAGCUUUACCACAUCCCGGCCUUGCAUUAUAUAGGAAGUGUAUUGAGCUGGAAACAGACCUUGCUUCAAAAGGAGAUAAAGACAGUCUCACAAAUGCCAGGAAAUUAUACGAAUCUGCACUUGCAACUUAUGACCAAAAUGUUAGCUUGUGGCAAGAUUACUAUCGCAUGGAGGCCAAGAUGGGAACAUCACAAAAAGCUACUGCUGUCUAUUGGAGUGCAAUGAAAACACUUAAAGAUUCUAGUGAAUUUACUGCCUCUCUAGAUUUGUGA